GCGAGUGACGCUCAGAUCCCGAGCUUGUGACGGAGGCGCUCGCCGGCCGGAAUCCAUGGCGUCCUCGCCGUUGAGGCAGUGCUCUCUUGUUCGCGGCAGAGCGUUUGCUCUGCUUGCGGUUGCAGCUCUAGCUGUGGUCACUGCUCCUCGCCGGAUUGGUGGCGCCGCCGCGCCGGCUGCUCGGACGAACGACCCGAACUGGCACGUCUUCCGCGUCAGCUCGCUGCUGCCGAGCCCGGCCUGCACUGCAUCCAAAGCGACGUCGAACUCGUCGGCUCUCAGCGUCGUGCACCAGCACGGCCCGUGCUCGCCGCUUCAUGCCCGUCGCGGCGGCGCGCCGUCUCACGUCGAGAUCCUGGAACGCGACCAGGCCAGGGUCAACUCCAUCCACCGCAAGGUCGCCGCCGCCGGCGCGUCCGUGGUCGACCCGGCACGCGCCUCGAAGGGCGUGUCCCUGCCGGCGCAGAGGGGCAUCUCCCUUGGCACCGGCAACUACAUCGUGUCCGUGGGGCUCGGAACGCCGGCGAAGCAGUACUCGGUGGUGUUCGACACCGGCAGCGACCUGUCGUGGGUGCAGUGCACGCCGUGCAGCGACUGCUACCAGCAGAACGACCCGCUGUUCGACCCGGCGCAGUCGUCGACGUACGCCGCCGUGCCCUGCGGCGCGCAGGAGUGCCAGGAGCUCGACUCGGGGACCUGCUCGUCGAACAAGUGCCGGUACGAGGUCGCGUACGGCGACCAGUCGCAGACCGACGGCAACCUCGUGCGUGACACGCUCACGCUGUCGGCGUCCGCCAAGCUCCCGGGCUUCGUCUUCGGCUGCGGCGACUCCAACACCGGGCUGUUCGGCCAGGCCGACGGGCUCUUCGGCCUUGGCCGCGAGAAGGUGUCGCUGGCGUCGCAGGGGGCGCCCAACUACGGGCCGGGCUUCACCUACUGCCUGCCGUCGUCGUCGAGCGGCAACGGGUACCUGUCCCUCGGCGACGCCGCGCCGGCGAACGCGCAGUUCACGGCGAUGGUGACCAACAGCGACAACCCGUCGUUCUACUACCUCAACCUCGUCGGCAUCAAGGUUGGCGGCCGGGAGAUAAGGGUCCCCACGACGGUGUUCUCGACGGCGGGGGGCACGGUGAUCGACUCCGGCACGGUGAUCACCCGCCUCCCGCCGCGCGCCUACGCGGCGCUCCGGUCGGCGUUCGCGCGGUACAUGGGGCAGUACAAGAAGGCCCCCGCGCUGUCCAUCCUCGACACGUGCUACGACUUCACCGGCCACGCGACAGCGCAGAUCCCCAAGGUGGCGCUGCUGUUCGAAGGCGGCGCCACCAUGAGCCUCGACUUCACCGGCGUGCUGUACGUGUCGCAGGUGUCGCAGGCGUGCCUGGCGUUCGCGUCCAACGGCGACGACACGUCCAUCGCCAUCCUCGGCAACACGCAGCAGAAGACGUUCGCCGUCGCGUACGACGUCGCCAACCAGAGGAUCGGGUUCGGCGCCAAUGGAUGCCGCUGAUAGCUGGGGGGUUCGGCUGCUCGUUUGAUUGGCUAGUAUAUACAAGAAAGAAUCCAAGAUGAUGGAAACUGAUCUUAAUUUUGUUGCAGUGAUACGAAAAUGGAAUGACUGAAUAAAUAAGAAGAUCAUCAAUGGUGACA